AUGGAAGCCAUCACGUCCGUUAUAAAAGAGAGUACCAUUACGGGACAUAUUGAAACCCUAAUCGUUGAGAACCCUAGUAUACCAAGUGAUCCUGGAUGCAUGUAUAGUGAGAUGGAUUCCAAAGAGAGAUUAGAGAGGAGAAGAGCCAAGUUCUCUGAACAAAGACGUCAAGAGUUGUUGAAUGACCCAUUACAAGAUAAAGGACUACUUAGUCGCGGUCUCAGUGACCCGAGUGCUACUGACAGUAGUAGCGAUUCAAAUGCCAUGACACGACUAAUGAACCACCAGAAAUAUCGGGAUCAGCUUUUCGAAGAGAUCAAGCAAUUGCCAGCGUCAGACGAACGAGUGGAGCAUGGUUUACGCAAACUACGAGAAAUAAUCAUAAGCAUCCGCAAGCGUGAACACCACGAUCCUCCCUUCCUCAAGUUUACUGAUGAAGUCUACAUAUACUCUGCUAACUACUACCUAGAUCAGGAGCACAUUGACUGGACCAAACUUCUGGGUGUACUCAGUGCAAACUCAACAUCAAGCAAAGAAUUCCUGACCUGCAAAACGCUCUACCAUUCAAUCGAACUACGAGAACACACACACUCAAUACAAGCCAUAACACUAUCCAGUCAUCUAUUCGAACACCCAGCUCUCUGUAAAAACAUCAUACUCUCCUGUGCCCUCGAUAACCCCCACCAAUGGUUCACUACUCUUGCGCAAUUCAAAGACCACUCGCCUUUCCUCUACAAGUUUCUCUCCCGACUACCGUACCAUCGCAAAUCAAUCAAUGAGAUCAUCAAAACUAUUUCCAAGUCCUAUAGACAACUUUCACUAGAAUAUAUCUCGCAAUUCUGGUUCGCAUCCGUUCCUAUACCACAUUUGAAGCAGCUCAUCGCAUCCCUAUAUACUACAAUUGAUACUCCGUCGGGCUCUACUAUCGUCAAAUUCGCCCAGAAAACUUGA